AUGGAGAGGGACAAAAGCAGGAAGAUGGAGAUGGAUAAGCCAUGGCUGCCACCACUGCCAUGGCAGACAAGGAAACAACAACUGCCACCACUGACAGCACUGCCACUGGUUCCACCGCAGCCACAGCCGCCACUGCCACCACUGCUCAAGCUGCCACAGCUGCCAGCACUGGCACAGGUGCCUCAGCUCCCACGGCUGCCACCACUACCCCAGCAGCCACCGCUACCACCAGUGCCACGGCAGCCCCCAGUGCCAGCUCUGCCCUGCCCAGAGAGCCCCAGGGACACCGUGAGCCGGGGCACAGAGCUGGGCAGCGCAGGGCACACGGGGCCACGGGCCCGCAGCCCCUCUCCCCGGCUGCCCCCACGGCCCGAGAGCCCCGUGCCCGGGCUGCUCUUGCCCCCCAGCACGGGGGCACAGGAGGCCCCAGCCCGGCCCGCGCUCGCUGCCGACGCCAGCUGGGAGCCUCUUCCUCUGCCGGCAGCUCCCUCGGCCGCUCCUGCCAGCCAGCACAGCCAACCCGGCACGGCACCGCUGCAGCACCAGCCUGGCACAGAGCUCAGCCUCGUCUCAGACACGGAGCUGCUGCAGGAGCUGCACAGGAGGGGCCUGCUCCGUGCUGCCACAGACCUCAGCCUUGUCUCGGACACGGAGCUGCUGCAGGAGCUGAACAGGAGGCUCCUGCUCCGUGCUGGCACCACAGAGGCCCCACUCCCGGCAGCCGGCCCGCCGCUCCUGGGGGGCAUUACAAGCCAAGGACAGUCCCAGCAGGAAGACGACAAAGAGCUGUGCCAAGGGACAGAUGGCCUUGGCAACCAAGUGUCCCAAGGGGAAGAUGUCCAGUCGGAAGGGGACUCCAAUGUCCAAGAGCUCUCCCAACUGGAAGAGGACAUUGGCGAGCCAGUGUCCCGACAGGAAGAGGACAUUUUAAAACCUCUGUCCCCACAGGAAGAGGACACUGGAAAACCACUGUCCCCACAGGAAGAGGACAUUUUAAAACCACUGUCCCCAGCAGAAGAAAACCCUGUCCCGUGCGGCCCCACUGACUCGUCACAGCUGGAGCACCACGGGACUGGGAAGGAGCCGGACGUGGAGUCUCAGCUGGAGCACCCACAGAGGCGGCCCAGGAGUGGCGUGUUUGGAGGAAUGAAAAGAAUAAGGAACUGGUUCCACAAGUCCAAGAGCCAAGGACUCACCCAAGAGAAAGCAGACCAAGAGGAACGGCCGUGCCAAGGGCCGGUGGAGAACGACCAGGCCAAGGAGCUUUCUCAAGGGCAAGACAACAGAGUCCAGGGGCUGUCCCAAGGGCACGAUGACAAACCCUUGGGCCCGGACAGUGACGACGACCCCCUGGAGGGGCCCAGCUCUCUCUACAUCCCGAGCAAGUCCCAGCGGCCUCUCUCUUCCAAGCAACCAAAGGCAGACACUUCUCCAUCCACCAGUGAGGAGCAGACCCCAGCAAGGUCCCGCAGCUCCUCCCAGGGCAGCCAAGUUCUGCAGGACACAGUCCAGCCCCUCAUCCACGACAUCCUGAGCAAGGCUGUGCUGGAGGUGGACACUUCAUCCAUCAAUGAGUCCUACACCCCAGCAGGGUCCCGGAACCCCUCCCAGGGCAGCCAAGAUCUGUGGGACACAGUUCAGAAAUUAAUCCAGCACGUCCUGAGCAAGGCUGCGCUGGAGGUGCAGAGGUGUCCCCAGCAGCCACAGGAGCAGCACAAGCUGGGACAAAGCCCGGCUGCAGACGUGAAACCAGCAGUUGCAGCCCAGGCCGUGUCCCCAGGGGCAGAGGGCAGGGAAGCCCCCAGGGCUGUCCCCGGGAAACGUCCCUCCCUGUUGAGGCGCGCGCUCCGCGCUGUGCACAGGCUGUUCCGCUGGCCCCGCAGGCCGGCACAGCCGCACCAUUAGGCCCCGCUCCAGCGCCAGGCCCGGCCCAGACAGCGCAGGGCGGGCAGCGCUUUGCCGGGACCGACAUCUCCCGCAGACCAGCACAGCACGGAACAGCACGGGCGCCGCAACGAGGCCAAGAAGUGGCCACAGACUGGAGGGGGAUCGAGAGCCCCAGAGACCCCCAGACCUCAGACCUGUUUCCAGAAAGGUCUGAAAGAACAGCCUGUGCAUGGGAACUCUUUGGCACAGAAGACAGAAAGGCACCUUCCGCGGGGAACCCUGUCCCUGCAAAGGUACCCCCAGCAAGCCCAGCAGCCUGGACAUCCCUCCAGCUGCAUCCACGCUGGACACCGGACUGACCCCUUGCACAGGAUGGCGGCGUCACCCAUUCUCAGAGGAAGCUUUGCCCCAGGUUCCCGCAGACCGAGGGCACCACUCAGUCACCCCUGGCCCUUCAGUGCACUUGCAGAACUCACAGGGAAGGCCAGAGCUGCCACCAAGGAGGGAAGCAGAGCCCCGUGGCUGUGGGAAGGACUGACCCUUUGCAGGCUGACAACAUGACAAUGCCAUGACCCGGAUGGGAGUGCAGAGCAGGUCUGGCCUGACAGGACAGUCAUCCACGACCACAUCAGCCUGACAUUCCCUGAUGAUGGCAACGGGAUGAACUUGGAGCAGCUGCACAAAAUACUAAGUUGGCAACCAAGAGAAGAGACAGACUCGGCUCCAAUCCUUUGGAGUAUUGAUAAGAGAAGGUAGCAGAGAGGUUUCUUUCCCCUUUAGUGGAGAAGAUAGUGUAUAGACCCCCUUAUUAGAGAAGAUAGUGUACAGACCCCAUUAUUAGAGAAGAUUGUGUACAGACCCCCUUAGUAGAGAAGAUUGUGUAUAGACCCCCUUAGUAGAGAAGAUUGCUCUGCCUGCAGCUGUACCCGUGGACAAGCUUGGAUUCCACCAGUUCCGUUCACAGCAAUGCAGCUGUGGCAGUUCCCUGCUUAGAGUGAAGCUGGAAUUCGUUGGCACUGGAGCACAUUGUCCCAGGAAGCGCCUACUCCCUGCCAGGACUAUUUGGUACCCGAAGCUGAGCACACAGAUCAUCCUGGGAGGACAAAGAGCCAAAACACAGCUGGUUUCCAAAGAUCCGUACCAGUCAGUGGGACUGACCAGGCUGGUUCCUGUCACUUCCUGUCCCAGCAAUCAGCUGUCUUCCCCCACACUUGUCAUGUGGGCAAAGGGAUACCACACUUGCAAGGGCUUCUCCAAAGGUUUUUCUGCCAGGAGUGCUCCAGGCUUUCAGAAGAGCAGCCCUGGGAGAGCAGCUGAGUGAUGACGGGAACGAGCUGCAGAGGAAGAAGAAGGAGGAACGUCCCUUGGCUGUGCCAGAAAUUGUAACGUGCCUGAGGAAGUGGACAGUGAUGAUUUGAUAAAGGAGAAGGAGAAGAAAAA